GGAGAGGGGAGAGGGGAGGUGGAAGGCUGGGGAAGCGGCAGGAGGGGUGAAUGCAAGGUUCAAGCACCAAUAAAAGCCGCUCUCUGUCCCAAGCAGCAGCAGUUGCCUUCGUCUCAGCGGCCGUCAGGAAGAUGAGGACCAACGGGCUGCUCGUGGCUGUGCUGGUGCUGGCGGGGGGGGCGGGGGUGCACUCGGGCCAGCAGCAGCAGACUGACCCGGUCGAGCCGCAGGAGCCACAGUACUUUACCUGUAACCAAAAUGAGGUGUGCAUCUAUUGGCCGCAGUGCUACGAGGGCGUCGUCAACAAGGGCGGCAUCGGAAUCAUCAACCCACGCACGCCCGAACCCAUCCCCAGCAACUACACUGACGCCCGCCCAUGUGAGGACAUCGGGAGGCUGUGUUGCGUCGACCCUGACAAGAAGCCCGAGCCUAUCGGCGCAGUGUGUGACCUCCACCACCUCUGCGUCCCGAAGGAGCAAUGCUACAAUGGCGAAAUCAACACCUCCGGCGUCGGCCUCAUAGACCAGCGCGUCAGUCCCCCCAAGUGUAUCAACCCCGAGUACCCGGACGUGCAUGCUGUGUGUUGCAAACGUCCCGAGCCGCUGCCUCUGGUCACCUGCCCCGCCGCCCACGAGACCUGUCGCCUCCCCGCAGAGUGUGACAUUGCCGUCGGCACCUACGAUACCGCAGCUGUGGGCUGCUACGUGGACCCGGCGACAGGCGUGGACGUCGGCGUGUGCUGCAGUCCCCCGAAGGUGCAGCUUUGCAGCCGUGGUCACGUGUGUGUGACCUACGAGCAGUGCACCGAGCAGGGUACCGUCAACACCGACGGCGCAGGCAUCAUCAACCCCCGAAUCUAUGACAGGUGUGACCUGGCUGGAGGAGGGCAGGGUAUGUGCUGCAAGGAGCCUCCGAUAAUAGAUGUCCACCCGCCAGUCCUGAAGUGCUCCCAAGCAGGCGCCAUCUGCAAAACCACCGGGUUUUGCAAGGCAGACUCCCUCUCGGCACCCCAAGGUUACACGGAGACUUGUUACGUCACCGAGGGAAGCGGCGUCGUGGGUGAAUGUUGUGUUGAGGUGGUCCAGCAAUGCUCCGCCGAGUACAGCUGUAACCUCCCCCACCAGUGCGUCGAGACCCCCAGCACUCUUAGUAACCACCCGGGCUGUGCAAUUAACGUCGAGCUGGUGGGUGUUUGCUGCACGAAGAAAGUUUUGGAGCCAUUGGACUCUUGUCCCAAGGACUCCGUGUGUCUACCAGAGCCUCUGUGUCAGGGCAUCUCGCAGACCAACGUCAUUCCCCAUUCGUGUUUACUGAGUGGUACCGGCUACUCCAACCCCGGUAUUUGCUGUGCCCACAUCGAAAUAGUUGAACCGCCUACCCCGCUCGAGUGUGGUGUAGGCAGUGCUGAUAUUGCUACGCGUAUAAAGAACACGCACCUCCUUGACACUCAGAGCAAGUUUGCAGAGUUCCCGUGGAUGGGCAUCGUCUUUUUCAGGAACCAGACGUACAAGUGCGGCGCCGUCCUGGUGGACGACCUCUGGGUGCUCACCGCGGCUCACUGUGUUGCCGGGUUCAAGCCCAACGACAUAAGAGUGCGUCUUGGGGAGUACCAGGUGGACUACUUCGACGCCAAAUAUCCGUACGAGGACUACGACAUCACCAGCAUCACGGUGCACCCCAAAUUCAACUCUGCCAACUUGCACAAUGACGUGGCCGUGCUGAAGCUGGACAGACCUGUCACCUACCGCAACCACAUCAACAGAGUCUGCCUCCCGCCGCCAGACCGCAACCACGCCGCCGGCACGGAGUGUGUCGCCACAGGCUGGGGCAAGGAUGCUUUCGACGGUGGCAAGUACCAGGUCAUCCUUAAGAAGGUAACUCUACCCGUCGUUCCUUAUGACACUUGUCAGAACAAUCUGAGGAAAACCAGACUGGGACUCUUCUUUACUCUGGACAAAUCCUUCGUCUGCGCCGGCGGGAAGGCUGGCCAGGACGCGUGUACCGGUGACGGCGGCGGCCCCCUCAUGUGCCUCAACCCGAACAAUAACCGCUACGAGCUGUACGGCUUGACGGCGUGGGGCAUUGGAUGCGGCGUUGAGGGCAACCCCGGCGUGUAUGUGAACGUGCCUUACUUCAUGGACUGGAUCUACGGCAUCAUGAGCCCCACGCCGGAGCAGCAGCAGCAGCACUCCGCGGGCCCUACGGCAAGUGAUCCACGUGGCGCCCGUAGGAGGAUGACUCAAGAUUCUAGCCAGUUGUUGGCGUUCACCAAGCAGUCCAGUUAAUGCAUUCUGUGAUAUGUUGUAUGUAACACUCGCGUCUUUGACUAACUGAGGAAAAACAGUCCCGAGCAUCCCCGCUUACUGCUUGUUGCCUUGUCACUGGCUUUUGUCUUUCCUUUUACAAUACAUAAGUGUUGAAUAAUAAAUGGUCUCACUUGC